CAGUUCUCUACCCGGGGCCGCUUUGUAUUUGUGUGGACGGGACAAGACGCCGCCACCAUCUCGCCCCUUCGCCGGGGGGGCAGGGGCCCGGCAGCCGGUCACCACGCUACCUGUGAAGCCGCAACGGGAGAGGGGGCCGGGCCGGGUCGUGUCGGGCCAACAGCAACACAAUAACCCCGCGGCCAAGCGAGGGAAGACACCGGGAGAGGAUGUAAAGGAAACGUCUCGCUAGGAGAAGGAUUCGGGGCGGACGCUGGUGGAGAGGCCGGGGAUGGGGCAGCAGCAGGGCCGCGUCGGCGGCACCGCUCUCGCUGGUGCUAGCGGGGAGACGGUGCAGCCGGGCAGGGGUAGGGUUGGCACGGCGAGGCCCGGACAUGGGGGUAGGAGACGGGAAGCAAUAGCCAGGAACGCCGAGGCCGCCUGCAACAUCUUCACUCACCACGAAGCUUUGCACCGUCCAUUUGGUUCAGACAUUGAUUCUCAGACGCUGACCGAAGCGGUGAGGUGGAGCUCGAAGGAGAACCUUCUCGGAGCUGCUGAAAGUGAUCCUAAUCUAUUUGUUGCACUUUAUGACUUUGUUGCAAGUGGUGACAAUACACUAAGCAUUACUAAAGGUGAAAAGCUGCGUGUACUGUGCUAUAACCAGAAUGGUGAAUGGUGUGAGGUGCGCUCAAAGAAUGGCCAAGGAUGGGUCCCCAGCAAUUAUAUUACGCCUGUUAAUAGUCUGGAAAAGCAUUCCUGGUACCAUGGUCCUGUCUCGCGUAGUGCUGCUGAGUACCUGCUGAGUAGCCUUAUCAAUGGAAGCUUUCUUGUUCGAGAAAGCGAAAGCAGUCCAGGACAACUAUCAAUAUCCCUCCGCUACGAGGGUCGAGUUUACCACUACAGAAUCAACACUACACACGAUGCCAAGGUGUAUGUAACAGCGGAGAGUCGCUUUAACACAUUGGCGGAACUUGUUCAUCACCAUUCCACUGUGGCCGAUGGGCUGGUCACAACCCUGCACUAUCCUGCUCCAAAAUGCAACAAGCCCACUGUUUACGGAGUUUCUCCCAUACAUGACAAGUGGGAGAUGGAACGCACUGACAUCACCAUGAAACAUAAACUGGGUGGAGGGCAGUACGGAGAGGUGUACGUUGGAGUUUGGAAGAAGUAUAGUCUUACCGUAGCAGUUAAAACACUGAAGGAGGACACGAUGGAGGUGGAGGAAUUUCUGAAAGAAGCUGCUGUAAUGAAAGAAAUUAAACACCCAAACUUAGUACAACUGUUGGGUGUUUGUACUUUGGAACCCCCAUUUUACAUUGUCACAGAGUACAUGCCUCAUGGGAAUUUACUGGACUAUCUACGUGAGUGCAACCGGGAGGAGGUGAAUGCUGUGGUGCUCUUGUACAUGGCUACACAGAUCUCCUCUGCCAUGGAAUAUCUGGAGAAAAAGAACUUCAUUCACAGAGACCUUGCUGCUCGUAACUGCCUGGUUGGUGAAAAUCAUGUGGUAAAAGUUGCAGACUUUGGUCUGAGCAGAUUAAUGACUGGUGAUACAUACACUGCUCAUGCUGGAGCUAAAUUCCCAAUUAAAUGGACUGCACCGGAAAGCCUUGCCUACAACACCUUCUCAAUAAAAUCGGAUGUAUGGGCAUUUGGAGUGCUACUAUGGGAAAUUGCCACAUAUGGGAUGUCUCCAUACCCAGGAAUUGAUCUGUCACAGGUCUAUGACUUACUUGAGAAGGGAUACAGAAUGGAGCAACCCGAGGGCUGUCCCCCCAAAGUCUAUGAAUUGAUGAGAUCAUGUUGGCAGUGGAAUCCAAUGGAACGGCCACUGUUUGCCGAGAUCCAUCAAGCAUUUGAGACCAUGUUCCACGACUCCAGCAUUUCAGAAGAAGUUGCAGAAGAACUUGGAAAAAAUGCCUCUUCAACUGGAAUCGCGCAACACUUUCAGUUACCCCUGCUCCCAACUAAAACUCGAACACUCAAGAAAAAUGCAGAAAAUAAGGAAAACAUGGACAUGGAUCAUCCUGCUAUAGCUCCUACUGUUAUGCCAGGGAUGGGAACAAGUACAGCCCCAUGUAGCAUCUCGCCAGCAUUGCCUCGUAAACAAAGAGACAAAUCUCCUGGUGGUCUCCUGGAUGAUAGCAAAGAGAACCUGUUUACUCGAGAUAGAAAAGCUGGCUUCUUUAGUUCCUUCAUGAAGAAGAAGACUGUCCCUAUGCCACCUAAGCGUAGCAGUUCCUUCCGCGAAAUGGAGAACCAUCCACACAAAAAAUAUGAGAUAACGGGUAACUUUGCUUCUUUCUCAUCUUUUCAGCACUCUGAUGGGCUUGCUUUUGUCCAUUCACACGCAGAAGGGAACCUCACUCAGGCUAGGUGUUGUGGACGAGGUUCUGUGCAAAGAAACGGUGGUGUAACUGGUGGAGGGUGGGCAGGAUUUGCUGGUUUUUUCACUCCUCGCUUAAUAAAAAAGACUCUUGGCUUCAAACCAGGGAAGCCUACGAGUAAUGACGAUUCAGGCUUGGACGGCACAAAACCUUUUCCCCGGUCAAAUUCUACUUCUUCCAUGUCUUCAGGACUUCAAGAACUGGAUCGUCUAGCCUUGACACUUCCUAGAAAUUGUCACCGCAACAGAAUUCAAGUCGAGCAUCCAGCGCCCUACCCUGCCAAAGAGGAAGGACCGGGACGAUUGACAGAUCCACUGCAUAGAAAAGCAGACGAUGGAGUUGCAUCUUUGAGAGACAAGGCAAAAACAAAACUUUUGGCAAGGUGUGCCGCAACACCCUCUCUCAGGGCCCAGACUGGCAACGGAGAUGGUGAUCUUUCUCAAAACCUCAAUGCUGUAUCGGUUGGGCGUGGGGAAACUAACAGCAAUCAUUCUGGUCCAUUAGGAGUGAAAGAAGAUAUGGAGAAGAUAGGUUGGUCCUCACCAGCGAAGGCUUCUGCCACACUUCCAGCAACUCAUAACCAUAAAGUACCUGUCUUGAUAUCGCCAACUUUGAAGCAUGCUCCUGCUGAAGUUCAGUUGAUUGGAACAGAUUCCUUGGGAAACAAAUUCAAACUUCUGUCAGAGCAUCAGGUUACAUCUGAAAGAGAGAGGCCAAGGCUUGUCAAACCAAAAUGUGCACCACCUCCACCUCCACCUUCCCUAAAACUAUUGCAACCUCCUCCUAGCACUAAUUUCAACAGCACAGAAACAACGGAGGACCUGGAGAGUAUUUCGGCAGCACAACAAGAGGUUGAGAUAAAUGGUGAAGGUGGCAAACGACCAACAAUACCAGUGUUUGCAAAGAUUUCUAGGCCAUCUAUACCACCUCCUCAAGUGCCUCCAGGUUCAUCCAUUCCCACUGCAACAACUUCUAAACUUGCAAACGGUACCUCUGUAACUGCAGGUGCUAGAAUUUCCUUGCGGAAAACCAAGCUUCCACCUGAAAAAGUGCCAACAGAAAAAAUCAGUAAAGAGGCAUUAUUGGAGUGUGCCGAGCUUCUCUCCAAUGUUAUUGACAGUGGUUCAGAGUCCACUUCCAACAGCCAGUUGGUUGAAGCAGGACAUCGGUUGCUCGAUCAUUGCUCUGGUUACGUGGACUGCAUCACUCAGAUGAGAAACAAGUUUGCUUUCCGUGAAGCUGUAGGCAAAUUAGAACAUGGCUUGCAUGAACUCCAGGUAUCCUCCACAGCUUCGACUGGACCUCCUACAAACUCUGUGCUCAGUAACUUACUGACAUGUGUUAGAGAGCUGAGUGAAAUUGUACAGAGGUAGCUGAGAAGGCGUUGCUGUUUGUGAGAGGUUUACUGACUUGUUUAUUAUCUGAAGUACCUCAGCAAAUGUUCAGCUCUUUAAUGUUUACAAAUUCAUCUCUCUCUGUCAGUUGAGUCGUGGUUAGAGCUGUCUAUGCAUAAUCAGACUUUUGGAGGGGAUGGGAAACACCAUCUCCAACAAGUGCUGGGUGGAAAACUACUCCUGGUAUUAAAUUUGUGGAAAAAGUCCCAAAACAACUUUUUUUGGGCCAGGUAAGUUAUUUUUGUCCUCCUGGGCAGUCCUUAGGGACUCUUCCACUUUAAAGAUAUGUGAUCGCAAUUGCAUUGAAUCACAACAUCUAAUCAUUGGAAAAUGUACUUAAGCCUGUUUGACAGACUUGGCUAAACCAUUGUUCUUCUGCAACUUGACAUUACUGGUUAUUCCCUUCACAUUAAGAAUCAAACGUCACUCAUCCACAUAUCAUUCAUUUGUUGCAUGCUGAAGGUGCACCAAAAUUUAGAAACAUUAAUUCCCUAUACAGUAAAAUAUGUUUUGCUACAGUUCAAAUAUCCACUAAAUGAACAGAAGUGCGGCCAUUAUUAAUCUUUGCUGAAAUUCAGUUAAAAGGACUGUAAAAUAAAAACAAGACUUCCCCCUCAUAUCUGGUAACUGUGUUACUGAGAGCAGUUUCUUCUGGAAGACACUGCUCAGAACAUCAUCUAUACUAAACACAAAACUCAAUUUAUCUAUAUUUAAUUUUGGUUACUAAUUUAUUUUGAGUGCUACUUCCAAAGUCCCUCAGAACUGUCGUGGAGCUUAAGACUUACCUCUAUUGUUGCCUGUCAGAACAAAUUUCAUGUUUAUAUUUUUGGUGAAUGGAGAAAAAUGUUAUGUGGCAGAGUCUGCUACAACUUGAGAAUGACAAUGUGAAUUGUAUUACUUUUGAAUUGUUAAGUGAAUCUACUGUGCUUGCUGUGAGUGUAGAAAAUGACAUCCCUAAUCACAGACAUGGAUAAAUAAGAGUUAUACUACAAUCAAUGUAUAUAACAGAAACAUUUACCCAUAGCUCCACUCCUUCUACCUUGGUGCUGGAAUAGCCUGAUGGUCCCAUAGGAAAUAAUGGUUCUGCUUUUACUCUCCUUUCAUGGCACUGGAUUGCACAAGAAAACACAUGCAUUGGAAACACAUCUAACCCAUGUAUCUUGUAGAGAUGAGCUCCAAUCGUUCUCAAAUAAAUUUAUUCAGUGACAUGAAGUUCACAUGUAUAGCAGUUGUAAUAGUAACUGCUGAAAGAAAAAAAAUGAUUUAAUGCAUGUUUCUGCCCAUAGAUUAAAAAUGGUAGGUCUGGGAAAAUAACUGGAUUCUCCCUCAAUUUUUGAGAAGAAUUUCAUGCAGACAUUUUAGAAGUAUUUAUUUACUUUUUACUAUAAGCACAAUGAAUGGCCAAUGAAUCCAUACUAGGUAUCAUGUGUCUCUCUCUAGCCCUUGUUGAGUUACUGCUUCUGAAGAUAUGGUUGUCCCGUUGAGGCUUUUCAAUUAUUCUCAUGUCACUGGGGAAUCCUUCCUCAUGCAUUUUACUGCCAGUCACAAUGCUCAUAUGGCAUGUGCUUUGGUCCAAAACAAGAUUAUUUCUGCUAAGGCUUUAUUUUUUAAAGGAGAAAAUUUGAAGAAAAUGUUGAUCUUAAGCAAUGCCUGGUCUGAGGAAUAGUUGCUGCAAAAUGUGCAUUUUGAAGCUGACCAUAAGCAUUAGCACUAAUUUCACUUUCCCUCACAGAAGCUAUUGUUUCUCAUGGGACUAUAAUUUUUUUUUUUUAAUCUGAAAAUAGAAUAACUGCUGUGUCCAGUGAAAUGCAAAAUUCUAAUUUUUCUCUUUUGAACGUGGUGACCAUCUGAUCGUAUUGGCAGUAUUAUUGUGGGCUGUCAUUUCAGACUAUUUGCUGCUGAUUAUUUGCAGACAUAUUCUGUGUACAUUUAUACCAAAGGCCACCUUGGAUCAGUAAUUUGUUUUCUGUACAAUUUAGGCUGGGUCAAACUCAUUUCUGAUUUCAUAGGAAGAUCUAAAAUUAAGAUUUAUAUUGAUAGUAAUGAUUAUUUGGUGUACAUUAACAACCAACCCAGUAGUACGCGAGGCCAUUUCAAUCACAUGAUUUUGAAUGGUGCGGUGAAGUCACUUUAUCUUACAACAAGACUUUUGGACUUUUUGGUCUUCAGUUGUCCAUUUAUAAACUUUCUGCAAAAUCUCAUUGAUUCCCCCACAGUUACUCUUUUAAAACCCAAUCUCCUGUCAUCUUAAAUUCUUAGUGAAUAAUUUUUAAAUGUUUGUGUUGCAAAGCACAAAGCCAGUGUGGAUUUGGAAAUACCCAAAACAUCUAUCCUUCCCGCAGUGGGGAAUCCAGUAAUAAAUAUGUAAUUACAAUAAUGCAAAUUCCCUGAUUUGUGCCGUUGGUUAACCUUGGCUAGAUUGGUGGUGUAAAUGCUACAUUUACCCUCAACAUCUCUUGUACCGUGUUAAUUUCUUUGUGAAUCGGGGAAGAGACAAGCUUCAGAUUCUGGUUCCUGUUGCUUCUAGAAAAUCUGAAUCCCAAAUUGAGCUAAAUACAAAGUUAAACGUGACUGUGAUAAAUAAUGUUACUUAGGGUUUAAAAACAAUAUUGUAACAAGUCGUCAUUUAACUUAAGCAAGACACUAUUGAAUCCAUUAAUUUAGUACUUUAUAGAUAUUUAAAAUUCUAAUGAACCUAGAAUGAUCAAGAUUGAAACCUGGGUCAUGUUUAUAAUUAACUGACUUUUCACAAGAUUAACCUACUAAAAUCUGUGGAGGAGAGUUCUCCACUGAUGCUCUUUUUCUUACAUUUCCAUUUAACUUCAUUCUAAAUUCCCAUAGAAAGUCAUGCAAAAAUAUUUAUCAUUUGCAUUGUUCCAUUACUCAAUGAGCAUCCAGAUUCUUCAAGUUAAGUAAAUACCAGAGUAAAUCAGGUUCUGGCAUUAGCCACAAGAACAUGAAUUCUUUCUUGCCUAGAUUGCAGAAGUGGCAUUUGAACGAUAAUUCAAGAUGGUUGCUUUUCUUCUUAAGGGAAUAAAGUGUCAUGAUCCUUGGCUGAGGCUUGAAUUAAUACUGGACUUCAAGGCACAAUAGUGAGCCUGGAUUCCAGGAAGAGUAUUCCCUGCAUGAGAAUAAUACACUCAGUAUACACAUGAGGCGGCAAAUUAGCUAUUUUCCAUAACAUUGAUACUCCAGAUUGAGGUUAGAAGAUGAUACUUUCAGACCUGAACAGCAAAGGCUAUGGAAACAGUUAUCAUUUCUGGUCGAUGAUCUGAAGCUUUUCAACCCAAAAUGUUAACUGUUUCUUCCUGCCGCUGCUGCCUGAUCUGCUGAGUAUUUCAAGUAUUUUCAGCUUUGAUUUCAGGUUUGCAUCAAAUGCAUUUUUUUUUUUACAUACAAACCUAAAUGUUGCUUAACUUUUGUAUUUUUUUUCACGUCCCUAAUUGAUAUCACAUUAUGUUUAAUGUUAUUUCCAGUGUAGGCACCUCCUUAGAAAAAUCAACAUCGGGCAGAGAGAAAUCCUUCAGCAUUUUGAAUGAUUUUCCACAGCAGAGUUUCUGGAAUGCUUUGUUUGGUUAGCAACAGUUCGUGCCAUUUAGAAUCCUAAAUCUCAUGUUCCUACAGUGACCUAAAACAAAAUUGACCUCAUUGCAUUGCAACAUUCUAUCAUGGAGAUACCAUGGCAUUACAGAUUAGAAAUUCACAUUAUUUAAAAAAAAAAAUUGCAACCUGAUUCUGCAAGGUACAUAGCCAGUGCAGUUAUAAUUUAAAAACUCUUCUGAUAGAUUAAUUUCACUCCACAUUCGCAAGUAUUCUAUGGUGAAGAAAUGAGAAUCUACCAAUGUUGGUUUUAACUGUUCACAAGCAAAUUUUAUUCCUUGUAUAAUACAAAUGAAAAGCAGUAAUCUUAAAUGUAUGUGUGCAAAAUUUGUGGCUUUUUAAUUGCAGAACAAAGGCACGAAGGUAUAAUUGACCUGGUCAACUAUAGUUGAAAACAUGCUGAAAAAAAUAAUCUUCUAUUCUCAUAUGGGAUUAAAACUACGAGUUUAGGUGUGGAUGGGUUGGAGAACUGUCGCGAUUUGAAAGUGAAGAGCAGCAUUGCAGAAGUGACUGUGAAUGUUGGGAGUUACUACUGAAAAAAAUCUGUUUAUUGUUAAGCAGUGCCACUUAGUGAGUUUAGCAUUGCAGUUACUGUAUCUUUGUACACCCUGUCAUUGAUUUACUUUGAUGCAAAUGUAAUCUUCCGUGUUCAAGGAAUGGGUUAAUCUUUAAAUCUGAACUCCAGACGUGUCUGAGUGAACCCAAGAGCUUGUUUUUCAUGGAUUGACAAAAUACCUCUGUGUGUGUGCGUGUGUGUGUGUGUAUGUUUUGUGGGGAGAGUGAUGAAAUGGGAGGGUUGGGGUGGAAAAAUGUUUUGUCACAUAUAAAUAUGUACGAUUUUGCUUGGAAGCAGAAAUGAAUUUAUCCCAGCCUUGUAAACACUAAAAUGUGUAAAUAUGUGAAUUAACAGGGGUUUAAGGGAUGACAGAGCUACCCCAGAAUGAACACUAAAUGACAUAAGCAGUAUUUUGGGUUCUUUUGUACUAUAAAUAUGUUUGCGUUUGUAAUUAAAUUAUCACAGAACUAUGGUUCAACUG